AUGGGUGCGAAGAGUUGGGUCGACACUGUGGGCCGAUCAUGGGACUACUUUGGGAAGAUGAAAUCCGCCUGGUUCUGCAAGUCUUGCACCCGAGCCGAUGGCAGCAAGUUCAUCAAUGGUGCAGCGUCGACCCGCUGUACGCGGUGCAAGCUCCACAAGGGCGUCUCCUUCGGCGGAGGGGUGCCGCCGGCCUGUCCGUCAACUAAGGUGCCGCCCAAGGGUCUGCCAUGGACAACGGAGGCGAAGCAGCUCCAGCUGCAGGCGGACGAGAUCGCCAAGCUCAAGAAGCAGCUGCAGCAGGCGACCAGCCGCCCCCCCGCGGACACCGACCAGGCGGCCAUGGAUUUGGAAGAGGAGCCUCCGAAAGUGGAUCGCAAGCGCAUGGAGUUCCUGCAGCGCGAGAUUCCGCGCUUGGAGGCCAGCGGCCAGGAUGAGCCCUCGUACAUCGAGAUGGCCACGAAGUUCAAGUCUGAGCUCGCGGAGCUCAAGAGGCGUACGGUGGAGGCCAAGCCCCUCAACAAGAGGAUCGAGGAUGCCAAUCGCGAGGUGCGGAGGCUCCAGACCGUUCAGUCCAAGCAUGCCAAGAAGGUUGAGGAGCUCAAGCGAGCAGCCGAGAAGGCGCAGGAGGCCCUGGGCGAGGCGCAGGCGCGAGCAGCCAAGUUGGACGGCGAGCUCACCAGCGCCCAGCAGAGUCUCUCGGAGCUCACGGCGCGCAUCCCUGGGGUCAAUGCGGCGCCUCCUGCUGGGCCUGCUCCUGGGCCUGGUGACUUCGUGCCUGGUCUUACUGCGGUCAUGGCGAGCCUCGGCACGUACCUCUCGGCCAAGGGCCUUCCUGGGGAACUCAGCGACGAGAUCAUCCAGAGCUUCCGGGUCGCGGAGGUCAAGGCCAAUGAGGCUGUUCAGAAGGCAGCGGAGGAGGCGGAGUUCCGCGCGCAGCAGCUGCGUGAGCAGGCUGCUCCUGAGGUGGGGGCGAAGCCUCCAGGAGGUACGCAGCCGGAGCAACAGCCUGGCGUGCCAGCUUGGGCGGACCUCUCUGCGGAGCAGCUGCGACAGUUCCUCGAGUCCAUCUCCCAGUCUGUCCCUGCCGAGGCGGACGAGGAGCAGCUCCGCUCGCUGGCCAAGCGCACCUACGAUGCCACCCAGAACUUCGCGGCCUCUGUCUCCAAGAAGGGCACGCUCAACACCAAGCGGCCCAGCGUGGAUUCCAUGGAGUUUGGGCGGCUGCGCUGCCAGGCCAAGGCACCCUGGACUCCAGCGGGCCCACGUUGGUGCCCGGGCGGGCCGUGGCUGGAUGUGCACGCGGGGCUCGCCAAGGGCUGCGUGGCGGUCUCACUGUACCUCCGGUGCGCGGAGGGCCUCUCGGACGAGAGUCGCGCCAUCCUGCGCGAGGUGAUGGGGUACCUGGUGCGCCUCAACGCCAUCGGGAUGCCGUGGGUGCUCGGGGGCGACUGGAACCUGGAGCCGUCGGUCUUGGCGGAGCUGCAUGAGUUUCGGGCUGCGCAGGGGCUGGUCUACGCCACGACGCAGCCGACCUGUACAGCGGCAUGGCCUGGUGUUAUAUAUGACUAUUUGCUCGUUAGCGUGACGAUGGGUUUGCGAGCAGAGCAAGCUCCGAGGACGGACCCGAACGUGCAGCAGCCCAUCACCAGGGCCGAGGUCGAUGACGCAGUCAGCACGGGCCCGCACGUGCCCGUCAGCCUCGGCUUCCACGGGAAGCCUAGGACAUUGUGGGUCAGGCAAAUAUCCGAACCCUGGAAACUGCGGGAGCCGCCGCCGCCAGGCUGUGCGCGGUUUCCGCUUGACUGGGGGCGGGCGCAGGCGGUGAUCCAGGCCGCGACGGACAAGACGGGCUUGGGCCAGGCGUGGCACCUCGUGCCGGAGGGCCUCCACAUCGAGCUGCUGGGCAGGCUGGACCGCCUGGACGAGACCAAGGGCACGCCCAUCAGCGGACCGAUCGGAAUGCUCUGGGGGCACUUCCAGCCGCAGGGCACCAACAAGAAGAUCGGCGACAGGCGCGAUGGGGCUUCGCAAGCUUGGGCGGUGGCUGCGAGGUGGGCCAGGGAUAUUGGAAACAUGAGCUACUACCACGACCACCUCUGCGAGGUGCUGAAGGACCCCGCGAAAAAGCAUGGCAGCCCGUCUGAGGAGCAGCUGUGCGCCAAGAUGGGCAAGUCGCUGUACGAUCUAAUUGGCUUCUUCAGCAGGAUCCAGAAGAACUCGGCCGUGCUCCCCCUGCUGGGCCAGCGUGCGCGGGAGCUGUUCCAGGCUGGCCUGUUGCGGAUGGCCGAGCCCGAUCUCAACGAAGAGGUGGAGUGCGUCACCAGUAGGGCCGAUGAGCUGCGGGCCAAGGCCGCAGCUGCUCAGGAGCGCUCCUGGCGGCACUGGGUCGAGCAGGCAUUGGCAGGUGGCGCUGGGCUUGCACACCGGUUUCUUGGACCUCGAGAGCUCCCGGAAGUUCUUCAGAGUUCGCAGGGUGGUCAGCCCUACAAGCACGCGGACGACUGCAUGCAGCAGUGGGGGCAGAUAUGGAGCACGCACAACGGCCGCCAGCUCGACCCGCCCUCGGACGUGGGGUCUUCCUCGACGUCAGCCUUCGAGACCAAUGUGGAGGCGGAGAUCGCGGGCUUGUUGGGGGAGCACGCAGUCACGGUGCUUGUUGACCUCCUCGAGUUCAAUGAGCUGGUGCGGCACGAUGUCCUGUUGGAUUGCUGCCAGGCCCCUGGCUACCCCAUGCGCAUGACGUGGAUGCUGGUGGGGUCGUACCAGCAGCCGCGGACGAUCCGCGCCUGCGGCUCGCUCUCCGCCAUGGUCACGGCCUUCCAGGGCAUGCUAGCCGGGCGUUCCCACGCCGCGACGCUGGCCAGGCUGCAGCCGCUCGGCUGCCUGGUCCAGCCCGCGAAGUGCGGGUUCGUCGCCGCGACGAGGGAGGCGAAGCGGAAGCACGCGGAGAACGUAAAGGUCAUCCGCUUCCGCGGGAAAGCCCACAUGCGGAACCUUGGCCACGAGCUCCACGGCAGGGCGGUCAAAAAGCUGGCCCAUAGGCGUCGCAUGGUGAAAAUGGGCGGCAAGUGGAGCAAGAUCGACCAGCUCCGCAAGGCCGUGGGGCCCAGGAAGGCGGGCAUCCUCUGGAAGACGGGGGUCCUGCCAGCGGCCGCACGCGGCGCGAGCGUGGCCGGGUGCGAAGACCAGUCGCUCCGGCAGCUCCGUGCGACGGCGGGCCGCUUCGCGGGCUACAAGGGCCUCGGGUCCUUGAUGACCUACCUAAUGACGAUGCCAUCCAGGACCUUCGACCCGAUCUUCGAGGUCACGAUGGCGGUGGUCGGGAAUUUCGCAGAUUGGGUCUGGCAAGCGAGGGGCUCUCCCGCGAGGCUCUGCAAGGCCUUCCUCGCCAUGCAGUCCAAGUUCGAGGAUGCCAGGGAGGUCACGUGGGCCCAUUGCCGCGGGCCCUUGGCGGCAGUAUGGCUUAGCUUGCGCCGGAUAGACUGGCAGCUGCGCGGCCCGAUGCAUUUUCGGGGCGACCGCGGCCAGGUCGCGCAGUUGCUGCGCCAGGCGCCUUCGGAUGUCCUGACUCUCCUGGAGCAGGGCAUCAUGAGAUGGCAGGAGCCCCGCAUGCUGGCGCACUACCCCGCGCACUACCAGGGCUUCCAGGUCUGGGGGGGGGGGCGCUGGCCCUGGGCCACCAGGUGCGAGACACCGGACUGCGUGCUGCGCGGCGCGCCCGAGGGUUCCAACGGCCACUUGUACUUCGAGUGCGAGGCGGUGCAGCGGCAGCAGGACGAUGAGGAGGAGGGCCCUUUCCCCGAGGAGCUGCUGGUCACCCGGGAGAGGCUGCGGGGGCAGGCAGUGGACACGGGCGAUGGGCCCAGCUACGAGCACCUUGAGUUCGCCCUGCCGCUCGCCCCUCCGCUGCCCGACCAGGUCCCCGAGGAGCUCCCGGAGUUCGAGUGGGGGCUGGAGGGGCAAGCUUGGGGGCAGCAGCUCUUUGUCGAUGGGUCUGGCCGCCGCUCGUCGUUUGUGGAGGCGCGCAGGUGCGGAUGGUCAGUCGUGCAGAUCUCGGGCGAGCUGCUGCCGAUUAAGGCGCGCUGGGGCGGCCUCCCGGGGCUCGUGCAGACGGUGCCGAGGUCGGAGCGGUACGCCUGCAUGCGAACCAUUCAGCUUGGGCGGCCGCCAGUGCACGUGCUGUCAGACCACAUGCCGUUCGUGCAGGAGGUCCACGAGUGGCAGGGUAGCGCACCAGGCCGCGAGCUCCGCACGCGAUGGUCUGGCGGCAAAUCGGAGGGGCGCGGCGUGCCCAUGCCGACUGCACAGUGGGUGCGUGCCCACCGCGAGCUGGAGGACGCCGUGCUGGCCGACGGCACGGCUUUCCGCUACGUCGGCAAUUUCUGGGCCGACGUCUUCGCCAAGAUGGGCUCGGCCAGCAUCAUGGUGCCGGAGGUGCACGCGCGGGCGUGCGAGAUCCAGCUGCGGGACGUUCGGGAGGCCAUGCGCUACGUGGCCUGGGCGGCUGAGCGCGCAGUGCGGCUUUCAGCUGGCGGGUCAGCUGCGGUCCCGCAGCAGGUUGCCAAGGUGGCCCAGGCGGGCAUGAAGGUACCAGAGUUGAGUAUCGUGGCCCACGACCUCAAGCAACUCACCAACGGAGUGCUGAAGUGCGCGGUGUGCUACCGCUUCGCGACCGCCAAGGCCUUGCUCCAAACUUUAUGCUGUUCGCCGUGCGAGCCGCCGACGGUGGGCGUCCGCCACGUCACGGAGACGGCGGGGUUCGCGAUCUGGUGCGCGGUCUGCGGCGCUUGGUCCAGCGAGUCGAAUCGGCUCUCGCUCAAGUCCAGGGAUCCGUGCCGAGGGCCAUCCCAGGUGCCUAAGACGCGGUGGAAGGAGAAGGACGCAGUGAAGCAACUGCGGCGCGGGCUGCAUCCCAGCACGCGGGUCGCGCUGGAGACUGGGAGGCCCUGGCGUGGUGCCACCAACGCGAUGACCGCGGGCUCCCUGCUGCUGGACAGCAGGCCUGGCCACCAG